AUGUCUAAUCCCCAAGCUAAGCUUAUCUGCCUUCCACACCAGGUCUGUCAGACUUCAGCUGCAUCCACUCCUUCUGAUACUGGCUGCUUAUCUACAGAAGAACUUCCACCGUUCCCUCCUUUUCUGGCUCGCUAUGAAGAGAAUCGCCAGAAGAUUCAUGCUCGAGACACUCUGCACCCGAACAUCAGGCAGUGUGCCUGGAGGACUUACACAUAUCGUUUCUCUACAGCUAGGGCUGUUCGCAAGUUCUCCUUCAUCACGAUUCAUCUUUUCAACGACAUGAGGAUCUUCCAGACAGCUCAACCUGCAACUCGCAUUAUGCCUCAGCCCUUCAAGAUACCUCUGAAGGAUGACUUCUCAACUUGUAUUCAGUCUGCUAUUCAAAACUCAUCCAUCGCAGCUGACCUUGAUUAUCUGACUAUUCUGGUUCAAGGACUGCAUCUGAAGCACUCAGGGGGAGAAUCUGGUACGCGCACACAUGAUGGGGGAGAAACAUCGGAAGUAGACGCUGACACCGAUCCGGAUGACUUUGAGUUCAAGUCUGAACUCUGA